AUGCCCGCCGACAUCACCGCGUGGGCCUCCAAGGAGGACGGCCAGUUCCGCCGCCAACCGUCCACCUUCCGCGACUCGAUCAAGGUCGGCGGCCAGUUCCCGCCCGAGGAGGGCCGCUACCUCCUCUACGUCUCGCUCGCGUGCCCGUGGGCCCACCGCACCUUGAUCGUCCGCAAGCUCAAGGGCCUCGAGCGCUUCAUCGACGUCGUCACCGUCCACCCGGUCAUGCUCUCGCAGGGCUGGGCUCUCGGCACGCCCAAGCGCAACAGCGACGGCAGCUACGACCAGGACGAGAAGGAGGUCACCGACGACGACGACGGCAUCGCCGGCGUCGACCGCGACCCGCAGUACGGCGCAAAGCACAUCCGCGACCUCUACUUCAAGGUCAACCCGGACUACACCGGCCGCUUCACCGUCCCCGUCCUGUGGGACAAGAAGACCGAGCAGAUCGUCAACAAUGAGAGCUCCGAGAUCAUCCGCUUCUUCAACUCCGAGUUCAACUCGCUCCUCGACGACGAGCACGCCAACAUCGACCUGUACCCCGAGUCGGGCCGCGCCGAGAUUGACGACCAGGCCGACUGGGUCUACAACAACGUCAACAACGGCGUGUACAAGUGCGGCUUUGCGACGACGCAGAAGGCGUACGAGUCCAACAUGGGCCCGCUCUUCGACAGCCUCGAGCGCCUCGACAAGCUCCUCGCCGACCGCAAGUACGUCGCCGGCACCGACAACAUCUCCGAGGCCGACGUGCGCCUGUACACGACCAUUGUCCGCUUCGACGUUACGUACUACACUCAUUUCAAAACCGACCUCGGCAUGAUCCGCUACGACUACCCGAACCUGCACCGCUGGCUGCGCGAGCUCUACUGGCAGAACGACGCGUUCAAGUCGACGACCAACUUUGAGCACAUCAAGACGCACUACACCAAGAGCCACCCGCAGAUCAACCCGAGCCGUAUUACCCACCUCGGACCUGUCCCGGCCAUCAAGCCUCUGUGAAGAGUGAAAUCGAGCUACUGUUUGUGCCCUGU